UCAAGCUGGCUUAGGUCCAUGAAGACUGUGCUGGUGUCAAGCUCCUUCUGACUUGCCUCCAGGUCUCAGGAGGAAAGGUACAGUUAACAGGGGUAAGUUAAAAUAUAAUCCACUCACAGAACCCCCUGAAGGAAAUGAAGACUUUAAUUAGUGCCCUCUUCUUUGCAUGGCAGUCUGGUACAUUUCUUCUUCGUGAGUUGCUUGGUCCAUGACAGUGGGAUAUCAGUGACAGAGAAAGGGAAAUCCAAAAAGUGGAGUCACUUUGAAACUCUAGUGCAAAGUUAAAUGAAUAGAGCACUUACGGGGCAAAUACUGAUGCAGGCUCUGUGUGUCAGGAAAGCACUUUGAAAGUGAAAAGGGCACCCCCACCCCCCAACCCCGUUGGUUUGUUCUCCUUUUAACUGAUCUCUUUGAAAAUCUACUUGGAACCACAGUUGAGCUACCAUGAUAAAAUAUGGUUUUGGUAGAUAAAGUUGAAAUAAUAUACACAUCUAGCAAUUGCUAGUGUUGCUGGAAAUAGUAAGUGCAUGUUUUAACAAACACAGAUUUCCAUUUCUUGUUCCAUCCUAAGGGCAAAGUACCCUUGGUGCAAAGCCCAGGGGACCUAUAUAGUCAUUAACAGAUGGAGGGGGACAUUAAUCUUCUACCCACAAAUCUGCCCCAGCACAUAAAGCAGGGAGCGUCUGUUGUGAGUGCUAGAGGUUGUAUUAAACAUGAUGAUGCAGUUUAUAAUCACAGUGCCAGCCACUCUUUCUAUACAUUGCUAUGUUUUCUUGGUACUCUGUGUCUCUGGAUUUCACUUUUUCUAUCCAUGUACAAUAGAGCAUGGCAGUGUUUCUGCCUUUUGAGAUUCUGGCAGAAUUUUCUUCCAACACUCUUAAAAUCUUUCUUCUGCUGUAAGCACUUGAGUAUGUUAGGAUAUACUUUAAGUGCUUUUUUGUGCAUGGGGAGAAAUGUAUCCUUUUUGUUUGUCAUUCAGUCUCUCUCAUUUGGCAGUCAGCUAAGAGAGAGGCAUGGUUAAUGAGGUAUCUCAGCAUCACAUUUUUAUGGGAGCAUAGUUAAGGUUAGGAGUAUGUCCAGUCUCCAAACUGCCUAGUGAGCAUUCUGUAUUUGGAAACAAAUGCCAGCUGGCAGUGGUUAAGGAGUGCAUGCUUAUUCUGCUCAUGGAUAGCCAAAACAUGCUCCCUGCUGUGUGCUUUUGGCAGCUUUGCACUGGCAAUAUGUCUCAAAUGCCAGUUGUAUGUCCUCCUUUCCUCCUCCUAAGUGUAUCCCAUAAGGCAUGAUUUAGCCUGAAUAAAAAUGUGCCUCUGUUAGACUUGGUAAUGUAUGGAAAGAAACAGACCACUUAUUUUUGAAAAUCAAAGUCUUUCUGAAACACCUGUAGUACAUUUCUACAGUGGAAAUAAAAAGAUGAUUAAUGUGUUCUCCUUGGUGGCAAAUUUGCCUUAAAUUUCUGAAGGUCUGGUGAUUUUUGUGACAUCAAUUCUUAGGCACACUAAGCUGAAAAUUUUGCGUCUUUUAAUUUCUUUUCAAUGAGACCACUGGUUGGAAUUCCAGACCUCAAGUUUAGUUCAUAUUCUAUUUUGUUUAGUUCAUAUUCUAUUUUAUUUUUAUUUACAUAUAAAGCAUAUUAAGUUUAUUUGGAGUUCUAACUGUACUUAUCUGGUCAUUGUAUUAAUUAUAUUGGUGGUCAAAUUAACUGCAUUAUUUCAUGGUCUGAACAAAAGUAUCGCCUCUUACUUUUCUUUUUAUUUGUUAAAUUGUUUUAAGUCAGUGGAAAUCUAAAGUGGUAUGUUUUAUUGAAAAGAUACCUUAUGUGUAGGCAGACUAACUUGUACAAUCUAGUAUUGGAAAUCAUAGGAUAGUUUGGGUUGGAAGGGACCUUUAAAGGUGUGUUAGUUGUGCUUAGUUGAAUUAUGUGAAGCAGUUAAUGAAUUGUGGUGCAUUGGAUACAAAUUCUUAAGAAUCUGAAGGUAAAUAAAUUCAGUCUAGAUGUCUUUAUAAUUUUUUUCAGUGACAGUAUAACAAAAUGUAAAAAAGAGCGUAGUUUGACAAAAAGGCAAAACAUGCCUUCAAUGCAAUACUCACACAACUGUAUUUAGAGUUAAGUCAGCUGUAUUUAGGGUAGAGUGAGCAAGCUGUGCUUAGAACUUGGCUUUAGAACUAUCUACAUGUUUAAGCAUUGUAGUGCUUUUUCUUCAAGAGAAUUGAAGCAGCCUGAUACCACUGUCAUGUAACUUUCUCCCUCUCUCUGGCAAGAAGGACUCAAUUCAGUUUUUCUCAACAGUUAAUCCAAAAUAGUACAGGUUUCCUUGUAAGUACUUUGUCCCAUCCAUCAACCAGCUAUAUCCUGAAUAUCCAAGGGGCAUGGGCAUCUUUGUCUAGGUAUUUGAAUGGUUUCAUUGUUGUCUGUGCUAUAGUGGAGUUGGGAGUCAAAUCUUACUGUGAUCUGUGUUGAUGAAGCACCGCUGCACAUUGGUUAACUGUAUUCAUGCUCUAAAAAAAUCCUUGGGUAUGACGUGCAAAAAAGGUAUUUUAGAAAGUAGGUUGCAAAAUCAAACCCUCAGAAGUUGUGAAAUGUCAGAUUUAUGUUAUUUUCUUCUGUGCCUGUAAUUGAUGCAGGAAUAUAGAUCUUGCAGCUUUAAUUUCACCACAUCCUAAUUGGAUAACUCUUACGUUAAAAAAAUGUGUGGCAUGGUUGUGGUACUUUGUAAAUAGCACAGUACCAUUUAUGUAGGAGGGAAAAGAGUAUUCACAGAAGAAUGAUUAUAGAAUUUGGUGCUAAGUUAUUAUGUACAUGUAGAAGAUAAACAGAAUUGGUUCAAAAGAAUUUAAAUUCCAUGUCAGCUAAAUAUAUUUGCAUUAUAUAAACUUAAUGUGUAACAUAACUGUUUUCACUGAAGUUUCUCCAUUUAUGCUGGUGUUGAAUUCUGCCUCUAGUCAAAAAGAACUUUUAGAAAAAGUUCUGCCAACACAGUUUUUUGUCUUGGAACAGAUUUGAGGCUUGCCAGCAGUUGUUAUUUCUUCUGAGUUGCAGGAGCAGCUCUAGUUACAUGCCAAAAUAUGGUGUUAUUUUUAAACUGAAAAAGAAAUGAAACCUAUGUAGAAAUGGAAACUUUGUUGAAUGCCAAAUUCUGGCCACGUCACUCCCAUUGGAACUACUAGGACCAAUUUUUGCAGUCUGCACUGUCUUUAUAGCAUUAAGAGUUAUUUCAUAAUGUGGGAAGUACUGGAAGAAAUGAGUGCAAGAAAAGCAGGAAAUCUGCCAAGGUCCAUGUCUUUUUUAAAAAAAGUUGUUACAACCUACUUGCUGAGAUAUGUUUUAUGCAGAUAUCAAAUUUAAGCAGAUUUCAGUUAUGGCCAGCCACCUUCCAUUUCAAAAGUGUUAUUCUGUAGAGAAGAGUCAGAUUGAAAAUUUUCAAUACUUAAAUAUUAAAAAAAUAAUCAUAAUUUAUGAUUUUGGCCUGUUUUCCUAAUGUAGGAAAUUAUCUCCUAUGAUCUUGGAGACUCUGUCUGUCAAGCUUCUUUCCUUCCCCUUUUUCUUAAUUUUUAAAAUGUUUGUCCGAUGUCCGAAGCAGAAUUUUAAGGUUAGUUUCAGUAAGAUAGGGGUUAAAAUAGGGGCUGGGAGGGAAGUACAGUAUUCAAAAAGUGAUUGGUUUGCUCCAAGACUAUCUUCCUCACAUAGUAACCCUGGUAAAAAAAGGCCCAGGUGUUUUGCCUCUAGCAGUGUGAAAGCACUCAAAUCCGUUGAGAGGUUUGAGAAGAGGCUCUAGUGAUUUUGGACAGUUGUUGACUUUCAGCUUGUGUGAAAAGGAUAAGCAGGUCUGUUAUCUCACUAUUCUGUGGAAUAAAAAGGAGGCAAAAAAUUGUGUUAUUAAUCCAGAAGACUUCCCGAAUGUGUUGCAUCUGGAGUCUGAACUUGGUCUUGUGCUGAAAUCUUCAGAGCAGUUGCAGAGACUAUGUCAGUAUGCAUCUGUAGAGAGCAACUGUGCUCCCAGAGAAAUAUUUGUAGAGGCAACUGAACUGCACCCUGAUACCAGAGUAAGAAGACUUUCUAUCCACAGUCUGCAGAGCAAGGAUGUCCUAGAAGAGAGAAGAGUAGGAAGCAGUGAUGAAAUAUAGGAUGGACCUGAUAUAGUGAAUUACCUUUUCAUCAUCACACAAUCCAGCUUAAGCUGUACCUUCAGGCUUGACAGCCCUCGUCAUUCAUAAUUUGAGGUAUCCAAUUUGCUGGCCUGGAGUGAUGCAACGUGAUACCUGUCCACUGUGAGGUGUGAACAUGACAACCAGCAGCCGCACAUGUCCUGUACCGGCCGUGAAUGGACAUAUGACUCACUAUCCAGCAGCACCAUAUCCCUUACUUUUUCCUCCAGUCAUUGGUGGACUGUCACUACCUUCCCUCCAUGGACUCCAGAGUCACCCACCAACUAGUGGAUGCAGCACCCCAUCACCUGCAACAGUUGAAACUCAGAGCACCAGUUCUGAGGAACUUGUUCCGAGCCCUCCUUCACCACUUCCACCCCCUCGUGUUUACAAGCCCUGUUUUGUUUGUCAAGACAAGUCAUCCGGAUAUCACUAUGGUGUCAGUGCUUGUGAGGGAUGUAAGGGCUUUUUCCGCAGGAGUAUCCAGAAGAACAUGGUUUACACAUGUCACAGAGAUAAAAACUGUGUUAUCAAUAAAGUUACCAGAAAUCGCUGCCAGUACUGCAGACUACAGAAGUGCUUUGAAGUAGGAAUGUCCAAAGAAUCUGUCAGAAAUGACAGGAACAAAAAGAAGAAGGAACCUUCAAAGCAGGAGUCCACAGAAAACUAUGAAAUGACAGCAGAGUUAGAUGAUCUCACUGAGAAGAUCCGAAAAGCUCACCAGGAAACCUUCCCCUCACUCUGCCAGCUGGGAAAAUACACUACGAACUCCAGCGCAGAUCAUCGGGUUCGACUGGACCUUGGGCUUUGGGACAAAUUCAGUGAACUUGCAACGAAGUGCAUUAUUAAAAUAGUGGAAUUUGCAAAGCGAUUGCCAGGCUUUACAAGUUUGACCAUUGCAGACCAAAUAACUCUACUGAAAGCAGCCUGCCUGGAUAUACUGAUCCUUAGAAUUUGCACAAGAUACACACCAGAACAAGACACCAUGACCUUUUCAGAUGGCCUUACCCUAAACAGAACUCAGAUGCACAACGCCGGAUUUGGCCCGCUGACUGAUCUCGUGUUCACAUUUGCCAACCAGCUCCUGCCUUUGGAAAUGGAUGAUACAGAAACAGGUCUCCUUAGUGCCAUCUGCCUCAUCUGUGGAGAUCGCCAGGACCUUGAAGAACCAAUGAAAGUGGAUAAGCUUCAGGAACCCUUGCUUGAAGCACUGAAAAUUUAUAUCCGAAAGAGACGACCCAACAAGCCUCAUAUGUUCCCAAAGAUCUUAAUGAAAAUCACGGAUCUUCGUAGCAUCAGUGCAAAAGGUGCAGAACGUGUCAUUACAUUGAAAAUGGAAAUUCCUGGAUCCAUGCCACCUCUUAUUCAGGAAAUGUUGGAGAACUCUGAAGGACAUGAACCACUGACACCAACCUCAAAUGGAAAUACUGCAGAACACAGUCCCAGUAUCUCACCUAGUUCAGUGGAUAACAGCAGUGUCAGUCAAUCCCCUAUGGUGGAAUAAGACAUUUUCCAGCUACUUCAGACAUUCCUAAUACCUUAUGUACAGGGAUGAAAAGCAAGAAAACAUUUUUACUGCUGCUUAGUUUCUGGACUUAAUAUAUAUCUAUAUAUGUAUAUAUAUAUAGAUAAACUCAACAAGGACCAAGAAAUUUUCAUAUGUAUCGAUAUAUACUCCUUGCUGUUUAAACUCUUAAAACUAGAAAAUGCAAACUUUUGAAACUCUAAAUCAGCCAUUUCAUGCAAAAAAAA